AAAAAAAAAAACAAAUUUUCAGUUAAACGAAGAUUUAUUGCAAAACGCAAAAAAAAAAAAACAAAAAACGAAUACAUUGUGAAGGGAAAAAGUUGUGCAUAUUGAAAAAAGAAAAAAAAAAAAAAAAACAACAGCUGCUCCUUACACGGCAACAGACUUAAAGCAAAUUUUUUUUUUUUUUUGUUUAUCAUCCUAAGCUAUAACUAAUAGUACGUAAAUAUUUAAUAUUAUCACAAGGAAAACAUGUUUUUUUUUUUUUAAAUUUGUUAAUGUAAAAAAGAAUUUUUCCACUAAAAAAAAAACCAUAACAAUAUAAGUUGUGUGAAUAUAUUGUGGGUUGUGUAAAAAAAAAAAAAAAAAAAAAAAAUUGAACCUACACAGUGAUGGGUUCGUAUGAAAAAAGCACACGCCCUUAGAUGUGCAGGAAGACAUUUACAGCAGCGACAAAUACAAUAUCGAGAACAACAAUAACAACGACGGCGACAACGAAAAUAUUGUGCACACUCAUAAACAUAACAUAAGGGCACAAACAAACGCGCGCACACGAACACACAUACAAAUAUAAACACACGCGCGCAUCAAAUGUUCGCAGCUCUCACCUAUACAAACAAAUUGAUAUAGAACGAGAUGAAAAAGGACUCAAGCUCUAUGUAAUGAUGACGACCACGAUGAUAAUGAUGAUGAGGAUUAAAAUGAUGAUGAUAACAAUAGUGAUGAUGAUGAUGAUGAUGAUGAUGAUGAUGAUGAUGAUGAUGAUGGUAUUCAACACAACCCUGAACGGUUCAAGUGAAAUUUUGUUUCAAUUAUAAACAAAAGAACAAGCAAAAUAAAAUAAAAAAAAAAAUUCAAAUUUAUUAAAACUAAAUUUUAAGCAAAAAGCACAAAAUAAAUUUGAUUUAUUAAGAGAGAAGAAAUUAAUCCCAAAUAAAAUGUAGAGAUUGAAGAAAAUGCUGAAAUGUGCAUCGAAAGGAAAACGCAAAGCUCUCCAGCCAAUCAAGCGUUAAAGAAAAUGCAACAAAUUGAUGAUAACAUGGCCAAAUAAUUCUUCUUCAUCUUAAAUGCUGGAAAUAAAUUAACAUAAAUAUAUUUUGGAUUUUGGAAUUUUAAAGCUGCUGUUGUUGCCAUUGCCGUUGCCGUUGCCGUGGCUCUUGCUUAUGCUUUUCUGCUCCUCUUAGGCAUCAAUAAUAGAGAAUUUGUUGUUAGACUAUAAAUACAUUACAUUUAAUUUCUACAACGCCCACGUAAUCGUCUACGCAAUCGUGUUUCGUGUGAAACAAUUACCUUAACAAAAAAAAAUUAAAAAAAAAAAAUAAAUAAAAUAAAAAAACAAUAAAACACAGAAAAUACAAUAAACACAAAAAAAAAAAAAAAAUUCAAAAGGAAAAAAGGCAACAAAAAGAGAAAAGAAAGGCGAGGAAUACAUAAAAGCGUUAAUACGCCAACGUUCAAUUGCCAGUCCUACGCUUAAUAUCCCGAUUAAAUCCUUAUAUGACGCGUGCCGUAAAGCCCAGAAAUCCAGAGCAUCGCCGUUAACCAUUCAAUCAACUAAUGCAACGUAACUGAGUCCCAAGUCCUGUAGCUCCCACAACAGGAAAGAUAUUUCAUCUUAAUUGAAGCAGAACAUGUAUAACUUGUUUGUUUUAGUGCUUUUCGUCCGUUUGGUUCAUGGUGAUUAUGGCUAUCCCACAACUACUUGGCACGGUUUAACGGAUUUGGAGUCAAAGGCAGAGUAUGGCAGUGCCUCCAAACAAUUGUUGAUUCCGAAUCAUGUACGUGAUUAUGUAGGAUUUUAUCAUCAACGACAAGAACAUUUGAAGCCUCAGUUACGUUCGGCGGGAGGUCUUACGAAAGGAUUUCACACUUCAUCACCGAAAUCCGGUGACUCUGAUAAAUAUCAUGAAAGUGAAGAUCAUGCCAACUAUGAUGACUACGUUAUACAUCCAUCCGAUAGUCCUUCUCAUGACAUAUCUGACGAUGAUUACUUUGUUCCGGAGCUUUCGCAUUAUCCUCAUGAAAUCUUUACUACAGAACCCUUGCAGCAGCAAACGUCACAUGAAGUAGGGCAAGGAUUUAAUGCGGGUGAAUCGGCACGACAUCGUGAUGUUGGGGCUCGAAGUGGUAGCCGUACUGAUUUGUAUGGGGUGAGAGAAUCGGGUGAUCGCCGCGAAAUGACUCGUGGUCGCGAGGGUUACAUGAAUAUGUUGCACACGAAACAAAAAGUAUUUCGUCCCCACGUUUCUCUUGUUCACGACGAAACUCGUCUAGCCAGUCCUAAUGAUGGUUAUCGUCGCGAUUGUCCUAAUAUUUGCGGUGAAAUGCAAUGGCAAUGUGCUACUAAAUGCAAUUGCAUACACGCGAACGAGCGUUGUGAUAAAGAACCCCAAUGCGAAGAUGGUUCCGAUGAAUACGAUUGUGAUGUUGUGGGUGACAUGAUGUCAAAAUUGCAAAGAGAAUGUGAACAGACCGGCAUGCAUGUAAUGUGCCCUAAAACAUAUCGUUGCAUUAACAAAGAAUGGUUGUGCGAUGGUGAUGAUGAUUGCGGUGAUUAUUCAGACGAAACGCAUUGUGGCGAACGCAUUAAUUGCACGGAGGACCAAUUUGAAUGUGCCAAUGGUUUCUGCAUACCCAAACAAUGGUUGUGUGAUGGUGAAAAUGAUUGUAAAGAUUUCUCGGAUGAAGGGCAUUGUAAUCGAACAAGCUGCUCGAAUGAACAUUUCACGUGUAACGAUGGGUAUUGUGUUUCUAUUGCAUUUCGUUGCGACGGCGAACGGGAUUGCAAUGACAAUUCUGAUGAAUAUAAAUGUCCUGCAGUAAUUAAUAGCUGUCCCGAAGGAGAAUUUAAAUGUCGCGGAGGAUUAGGCGGUGCUGGCGGGCCUAGCGGGCAAUGCGUGCUAAAUCGUUUUCUUUGUGAUGGUGAUAACGAUUGCGGAGAUUGGAGUGACGAAGAAAAUUGUCCCCAAAAACCAUCCCAGUGCACGUCUGGCGAAUUAAAAUGUGCCGAUGGCACUUGUAUUCCCAAGCGUUGGAAAUGUGAUAAAGAACAAGAUUGUGAUGGCGGUGAAGACGAACACGACUGCGGCAACAUGAAUUCUAGUUUACAUUCUAGUUGUGGUACCGAUGAAUUCACCUGUAACAACGGCCGCUGCAUAUUACGAACUUGGCUUUGCGAUGGUUAUCCUGACUGCUCGUCAGCAGAAGAUGAAGUUGAGUGCCAUCUGCAAUGUGAAUCAGGACAAUUUUUAUGCCCCGCUAAAAAGAACAUAACAAAUUUGAAAAUAUGCGUGCAUCAGAAACAUGUAUGCGACGGCCAAAAUGAUUGCCCUUUCGGUGAAGACGAGGUUAAUUGCCCACAUUAUCGCGAUUGCGAAUCAGAUGCCAAAUGUGAGCAGUUGUGUAUAACUACGGCUAAAGGUCGAAAAGAGUGUGCGUGUCGCCUGGGAUUUCUCAUGCACCAAAAUAAGCAAAAUUGCACUGACAUUGACGAAUGUCAAUACCUUAGCAGCCCUGUGUGCUCCCAAAAAUGUGAAAACACUUAUGGUUCAUUUGUAUGCUCAUGCGAAAGAGGCUAUGUUCUACGUCCUGACCUUAGAACCUGUAAAGCUUUAGGAGGAGCCAUGACUCUAAUUGUGGCUAACCGAUGGGAUAUUAGGCGAGUCACUCUCAGCAACAAUCGAUAUGCGGCAUUGGUUAAAGGUCUACAUAAUGCCAUCGCUUUGGAUUAUCACUUCAAGAAAGGCAUACUCUUCUGGUCUGAUGUGUCCACCGAUGUUAUUAAAACCGUUUAUAUGAAUGGUACUCGAGUAAGGGAUGUAAUCAAAUGGGGUCUGGAGGCACCGGGAGGUGUUGCCGUCGAUUGGAUUCAUGAUUUGCUAUUUUGGACAGACUCAGGUACAAGACGCGUUGAAGUCUCGAACUUUCAGGGCAAUUUAAGAUCCGUGAUAGUUUCGAAUGAUUUGGAUAAGCCCAGGGCCAUUGUGGUCCAUCCCGGAGAAGCCAUGGUAUUUUGGACAGAUUGGGGUCCCAAUCCAAAAAUUGAACGAGCUUACAUGGAUGGUUCACAACGGCAAAUCAUUAUUAAUAAAGGCGUUACUUGGCCGAACGGAUUAGCUAUUGAUUAUCCUAGCAAUAAACUGUAUUGGGCCGAUGCAAAACAGCAUGCCAUUGAAUGCUCAAAUUUUGAUGGAUCGGAAAGAAUAAAAAUUUUAAGCACCCACCUACCACAUCCUUUCGCUAUAACAAUUUUUGAGGAUACCAUGUAUUGGACAGAUUGGAAUACGAAGACUGUGUCGGCGGCUAAUAAAAUUACUGGUAAGGGAUUUCGCUCAGUUCAUGAGAAUUUCCAUUUUCCCAUGGAUAUCCAUGCUUACCACCCCGCUCGACAACCUGAAUAUCCUGACCGGUGUCAAAAGGAUCGACGCGGCUUGAGAGGCGGUUGCUCACAUUUUUGUUUACCGAAUAAAAAUUCCCGACGCUGUGGUUGUCCUAUUGGUUUGAGUUUAAAAGACGACGGCAAAACAUGUAAAAGCGUUCCUGAAAAACUGGUAUUGGUCGCCCGGCGUAAAGAUAUACGCCUUAGGCAGAUCCAUGCUAAAUCUUCCACUUAUAACGAUGUUGAUAUGAUUAUUCCUUUGGAUAAUCUUAAACAUGCGGUAGCCUUAGAUUGGACCAGUGAUAGUGACACUAUUUAUUGGACGGAUGUCGAGAAAAGCUCAAUUAAUAAAGCGUAUUUGAAUGGCAGCCACCAACAAAAAGUUAUACAUUCAAACCUGGUAUCACCUGCUGGCUUAGCUUUAGAUUGGUUGACUGAUAAGUUAUAUUGGACAGAUCCUUCAACCAAUCGUAUAGAAGUGGCCACUAGUAACGGGAAAAUUCGUACAUUGUUGAUUUGGGAUCUUCUCGAUAAACCGCGAGAUAUUGUUGUUAAUCCCAUUGAAGGCCUUAUGUUCUGGUCCGAUUGGGGUGAUCGGCCAAUGAUAGAAUGCGCUCAUAUGGAUGGAAAAAAACGUCGCGUAGUCACGUCUGAAAAUCUAAAAUGGCCAAAUGGUUUAGCGAUAGACUACGAACAACAGAGAUUAUACUUUGUAGACGGAGGCACCAAAUCUCUCGAAUACAUGAAUUUUGACGGCAGUGAACGAAAAACUUUGCUGGGCGGCCUAGGCCACCCAUUUGGCUUGGACGUUAGCGAAAGUCGCGUGUAUUGGACGGACUGGGAUAUAAAGGCUGCUUUAAGUGCCGACAAACAAACCGGCAAAAAUAUGACAACCGUAAUAGCGAAUUCCAGUGACUUAAUGGACAUAAGUGUUUUCCAUAGAUACCGUAAAAGAAUAUCUCAUGCAUGUUCAAACGAUAACGGCGGCUGUUCCCAUUUGUGUCUUUUAAAUCCUAUCAGUUAUUCGUGCGCUUGUCCGGUAGGUAUAACAAUACAACCAGAUAAUAGAACAUGCUCUUCGGGUCCCAGCAAGUACAUAAUAUUCGCCCACCGCGUUGAUAUACGUCAGAUUUCCAUGGAUUUUGAUCAUUUGAUUGAUGUAGUAUUACCAUUACCACCAAUUUCAAAUGCGGUGGCCUUAGAUGUUGAUCGGAAGACGGGACAGAUCUAUUGGAGUGACAUUGUUGACAGUCUCAUUAUGAGUUCUAGUCCAGAUGGUUUAAAUGUUAAUCGCAUUAUUUAUGAAAGUUUGGAUAGUCCCGAUGGUUUGGUGAUAGACUCUGUCGGACGUACGUUAUAUUGGGCUGACGCUGGCCGUCAUACCGUAGAAGUAGCUACGUUAGAUGGAAAAUAUCGCCAUCUUAUAGCCUGGAAGGACUUAGAAUCCCCACGUGGCUUGGCCUUGGAUUACGAAGCCGGUUUUCUCUUUUGGACAGAUUGGGGUCAUUAUCGUAAAAUUGAACGCGCCCAUAUGGACGGUGAGAACCGGCAACGUAUUGUGACUUCAAAUUUGCUUUGGCCAAACGGUCUCUCGUUAGAUUUGAAGGCGAAACGCAUCUACUGGGUGGAUGCUAAACUAAAGGUUAUCGAUUCAUGCGACUAUGAAGGCAAUCAACGUAAAUUAAUUAUGUCCGCUCUACAUCAUCCUUACGCUUUGGCUUUAACUGAUGAGUUCAUUUACUGGACUGAUUGGAAAUCCAAAGCACUGCAUAUGGCUGAUCGCAAUAAUGUCUCAGACAAACGAGACGUUAUGACAAAUAUCGAUGGCUUAAUGGACAUUAAGGUAAUCAGUACCAAUGAAAAAUUACCCAGCAACGUUUGCGGUGAAAAUAAUGGCGGCUGUUCCCAACUUUGCCUCCGUAAUCCGUCGGGUUACACAUGCAAAUGCGGUAUUGGUCUUAAACUAAUCAACGGUAAUUCAACCGAAUGUGAAUAUUUACCUGAGGAUUACUUGUUGAUUGCAUUGCGCUCUGGCAUCGGAUUGAUUUCGUUAACUACCCCAGAUUUAAUGGAUGUUGUUUUACCAAUUCCCGGCGUUCAUGGUGUAGUAGUUCUCGAUUACCAUUAUCGAAGAAAUUGGCUUUAUAUAGCCGAUGUCAAUUUAGAUAUAAUACGGCGUGUUAACUUGAAAAAUUUAACUGAAAGUAAAGUUAUCGUUAACACUCAACUUGCCACUCCGAAUGGCAUAUCGGUGGAUUGGAUAGCCGAUAAUAUUUAUUGGUCGGAUAGUGAUCAUCGUAUUAUUGAGGUGUCGCGUUUAGAUGGAUGCUGCCGCAAAAGCAUCCUUUCAGACGAUAUGGGUGAUCCGCGCUCUUUAAUCGUACACCCUAAACGGGGUUACUUAUUCUGGUCGGAUUGGGAUACACCGUCGAGAAUAGAACGCUGCUUAUUGGAUGGUUCGAAUCGUACUAUCUUGGUGGGAAAUAAUUUAGGAUUCCCUACUGGAUUAACAAUUGAUUUUGAAAAUCGUCGCCUACUCUGGGCUGAUGCGUUAGAAGACAACAUUGGCCAAGUGGAUUUCAAUGGUAAACGCCGAACUGUUAUUAUACCCUAUGCAAGCCAUCCAUUCGGCUUAACUAUGUUCGAAAAUAGUAUAUUCUGGACGGACUGGUACAAUAAAUCGGUAUAUCGCGCAUACCGUAAAGGACGUUCGUUUAGUCAGCCGGUCGAAAUUCGAGAUUCUUUAAGCGGUGCUCUUGAUAUACGUGCCGUUUCGUUGAAACGGCAACUACAAGAGUGGAAUCAAUGUAGUCAGGAUAAUGGAGGUUGCUCACAUUUAUGUUUAUUUAGAGGCUUAGACUAUGUAUGCGCUUGUCCCGAUCAAAUCGAUCUUUCGCGCGAAUGUUCAACGACUCCUAAGUUUUAUGUGCCGCCACAGCAACGAUUAGACGAAAACUUGGCCGAUUAUACCGAUGAAGUUACUGAAAGUGAUAACACUAUGCUAACAGAAGAUGACUUCGGCGAUGAUUAUCGCGUUAAGAAGUCCAGCCGACGCGAAACCCUUAUAUUGAUAGCAAUCGGUAUCGUCAUCAUUUUACUCGUAAUAAGUGUAACGGCUAUAAUAUAUUUAGUUCACAAUUCCAAGCGUACUAAAAGCAAACGUCACAAGCGAGGAGGCUCUAGUCGAUCAGUCCUAACUUUCUCAAAUCCCAAUUACAAUGUAGACGGCACGCCUAUAGAACCCAAAACCACAAUAUGGAAACGUUUUAAAAGUGAUCGAAUCCAUGAACGUGUCUAUGAAGAACGUAGUCUAACUACAGAAACAGCCUCAUCCAGUUUAUUUGUACCGACACCUUCGCCCGCAACUUCACCAUCCGUCAAGAAAAUACAACUUUCAACACUCUCUACAAUUGCAUAAAAGAAUUUUAUUAAUUAACAUAAUUUUUUCAAGAACGAUAACAACAACAACAACAAGAAUUCCUAUAAAC